UCAGGGUCUGAUAUUUAAAUUUAAUUUCUUAUUGAAUUAAGGUAUUUAAAUUAACUCUUUUAGCAAGUAUUUAUGAAUACCCUCACAAAUGGAUUUUUUACUAGAAACGUCACAAGCAAUGGCUAAGGCUAAAUUAACACCGUCCAGUUCUCUUAAAACACAAAGUAUGGAGGACAAAGCGUCGUUAAAGGAACUGGAUCAAUGGAUAGAGCAACUAAAUGAAUGCAAGCAAUUGACAGAAAAUCAAGUAAAAACGUUAUGCGACAAGGCAAAGGAGAUCCUCACGAAGGAGUCCAACGUGCAGGAGGUGAAAUGCCCGGUGACCGUGUGCGGGGACGUGCACGGGCAGUUCCACGACCUGAUGGAGCUGUUCCGCAUCGGGGGCCGCUCGCCCGACACCAACUACCUCUUCAUGGGGGACUAUGUGGACCGCGGGUACUAUAGUGUGGAGACUGUCACAUUGCUCGUCGCGCUCAAGGUGCGAUACCGCGAGAGAAUAACCAUCCUGCGCGGGAACCACGAGUCCCGUCAGAUCACGCAAGUGUAUGGCUUCUACGACGAAUGCCUGCGCAAAUACGGCAACGCGUCCGUGUGGAAGCACUUCACGGAUCUGUUCGACUUCCUGCCGCUGACCGCGCUGGUGGACGGCCAGAUAUUCUGUCUCCACGGCGGCCUCAGCCCCUCCAUUGACACCCUGGACCAUAUCCGAGCCCUGGAUCGUUUGCAGGAGGUGCCGCAUGAAGGACCCAUGUGCGAUCUGCUAUGGAGUGACCCUGAUGAUAGAGGCGGAUGGGGCAUAUCCCCGCGCGGGGCGGGCUACACCUUCGGGCAGGACAUCUCGGAGACGUUCAACCACAGCAACGGGCUGACGCUGGUGUCGCGCGCGCACCAGCUGGUCAUGGAGGGCUACAACUGGUGCCACGACAGGAACGUCGUCACCAUAUUCUCCGCGCCCAACUACUGCUACAGAUGUGGUAAUCAAGCCGCCAUUAUGGAAUUGGAUGAUGCGCUUAAGUACUCAUUCCUUCAGUUCGACCCCGCCCCGCGGCGCGGGGAGCCGCACGUGACGCGGCGGACGCCUGAUUACUUCAUGUAGGCUGCACCGAGGUCGCAUAUCCCAGGAGAGGAGUGCGGGGUCCCCUCGCGCCCCCCCUCCCCCUCCCCCAGCCCCUUCCCCCCCCACACACAACCACACCCCAACAGUUGCUCUGCCACGCCGCGUCUACGUCCGUGGUCGUGAUCUACGUACACUUGUGGCCAUUGCAGUGUUUAUUACUAAACGACUAAUUUGUUUAGGUACUAAGAUGGUACACAAUCGUUUAUUUUUAUUGAAAUAACUUUAACAGUCCACAUAUAAUGUAAUUUCUGAUUUAUAAAAUUAUUAAUUGAUUGGUAAUGUGCAAGGUUUAUGAUUUCCAAAGUCAAUAUUUGAAUUAAAAGACAUCAAAAUUGUCCUUUUUUAAGAACCUAAACAGAUAUGGUAUUAGUAAAUAUUAGUUGAUUAUUCGAAAGUGAAUACAGCAUUGCCAUUGAUUUACUGAAUAAUAAUUUAUUUGUGCGUUAUUGUAGUGUGAUAAAAUUACAUUUCACUAAACUAUUUUUUUGGUGACCUGCUACAAUAUAGCACAUUUUAACACAAUUAUAUGUGUGUUAUAUAUAACUGAUUUAAAGUGUCUUAAGUUAUAUUUGUGCAUUGUUUUUAUUAUUUUUGUACAUAUCUGUGGCAAUAAUGUACACUGUCCGUGAAGCCGUAGGUAAGACUGGAGCCAGAACUUUCUGAUCCGAAGUACAUGUAUUGUUAACUCUUGCACCUGUCCUUGCCCGACCUCUCCUUGCGCGGGGAAAGGUACUGUACUGAAAAGUCUAUACGAUUACUACACGUUAUAACUCGCAAUACAAAGGAGGAGGUCGGACUACAAACUCAAGAGACAGCAAUACAUGUAACUUCCUUAAAAAAGUUUUUGGAAGUGCUGGAGCCUGUAUUAUCUGUAGCUUAGUCGUACUAGUUAUAGUUAGUCGAUUGAUCGUGAUAACAAACAUACUCUAUGUAUAUUUUCAAGCGGGCCAGACAUGGAAGUCAUUUAAAGUCAUGGAUGACAAUUCUAAAUGUGACAUUAUCAACGGCCUUUCAUGAAGUAAUUAAAAUUUGUACACGAGACGUUGAAUAUUUAUCUUAUCUGUCUUAAGCCCUUCGUGUUUGACCUGUAUGGCCAUGUCACAGUUUGAAAAUGAACUAAUAUUUUUUUAUGAUAAUACUCUGAAAAGAUUUAUAGACCGCAGGUGCAAUAUCACACACGCAAAAGGACAUAAAUAGAUUAUUCGCAAAGUGGUCAUGCUUGUGACUUACUUCGAUAGUGAUAUACAUGAAAACAUUUGCGAAUUCUUUUUUAACAUUUUGCGGAUUUGACAUUGCGCCUGUACAGACGCGGGCGGAGCAACAGCGAUUCGUAUUUAUUAAUUGGUCUUGCACAAUAAAAUGUUAAGUUUCCGGAGAAUAUCAGUAUAUGAAAUGUAUCAAUCUAAACUGUAUUGACUAGGAAGUCCCUCUCGGUCGUGUCUAUGUUCGAACAAUGAAGUCGUGUCGCGGAGUAGGUCCGCGUCAGGAGGGCGGGAGGCGCGCGAGUGCAUUUAACUGAAGCGGACGACGUCGCGGGCGCACGCAGAAUUAUCUGUUUCCGGAACGAUCCGUUCGUAAAAAAAAAACAAAUUCUCAAAAUGUCACAUUAGUAUAAAAAUUUGCUAAAUGUCUUACUUUUUCCUACGCAUCAUAACGGCAUAUGGCAUUUCGCUAGUUUUUAGUUUUCUAAUCUGACAUUUUGCGGAUUCUUUUUGCUUUUGCGAAUCCUGGGCAUUCUGCGACCUAACCGUCCCCGCAAUUGUAAUUAGUCUUGCCCGAUCACUGCUGCCGUUAUGCUGGUAUGUUCAUUAGGGCCGACGUAUCCUCUAUGUAAUGUAUAGACAUCUUUGACACAUUAAACACCGUACAUUUGCUAA